AUGGAGUUACAAGGAUUAGAUUCAAAUUUUGGUAAAACACGUGCUGCCACGACCAACUUCAUGAACGACAUCUACCGAGAAACAGGCAGGAAACCUCAGGUGGAGUCCUUCAUAAUCAAACAGGAACUAAUUAAGCUUGGAUACAUAAUCGAUAAAGUUUACGACUUCGAAUAUUACUAUGAUUUGAAAUCUUUAAACGACUUUGUAGUGGCUUUCAUCAUGAUAAAUGCUGAUCCGCCUUAUGAAAGUGAAGAUAUUGUUAAGGAAACUGUGAGAAAACUCGUUGAAGCAGGCAACAAAGGUUACACAGGUGGCAAUCUCUUCAGUGUUAUCAAACUGAAAUAA